AUGCAUCUACAAAGAUUUUAUCGGAUUCCCUUUAGACUCGAAAGCAUUUUAAUUGAACGUAUAGCAGUUUUGGAGACAUCAUUACCUUUUGGAGUUGGAUUUAAUACAGUUUCUGGACAUAUAAUUUUAAACAGAUCUUUUAGAAAAAAAGCAGCAUUUAGCAUAUUUACAAGGCAAGAGUUACCUAUAAAAGAGAAAAUAAGGGUUAAAAGUACUUUAUUUAUUUCCGGUGAUUCUAUUUUUGAUGGUAUAUCUAUUUGGAAUAAUUUGUCUAUAUUAAAUAAUACUACAAACCAAUGGGCAAAUUUAUCAACUAUAACGAAUGCAUUUCUAGAAAGAGCAUCAGAAAAGAGCACGUAUUUAAUGGAGGAUACAAAAGAUUCUCUUCAGCCCUCCAAAAAAACAUCUACAAGAAUUUUCGGUACCCGUCCAAUUUAUCUUGAUAUGCAAGCUACUACACCUGUUGAUCCACGUGUUCUUGAUGCCAUGUUACCUUAUUAUACAUAUUUGUAUGGAAAUAGUCAUUCGCGAACGCAUAGUUAUGGCUGGGAAACAGAUAGAGCUGUCCAGAUAGCACGAGAACAUGUUGCAAACCUAAUAUGUGCUGAUCCAAAAGAGAUUUUCUUUACAUCUGGUGCAACUGAGUCAAAUAACAUGAUUAUUAAAGGAGUAGCACAUUUUUAUAGCGGAACUAAAAAACAUAUCAUUACUGCACAAACAGAACAUAAAUGUGUUUUAGAUUCAUGUAGAAUAUUACAAAAUGAAGGAUUUGAUGUAACAUAUUUACCAGUGAACCAAAAGGGAUUGAUUAGUUUAGAAGAAUUAGAACGUACAAUUCGUCAAGAUACCAUUUUAGUGAGCAUUAUGACAGUAAAUAAUGAAAUUGGAGUAAUUCAACCGAUUGAAGAAAUUGGGAAAAUUUGUAGGUCAAAAAAAGUAUUUUUUCAUACAGAUGCAGCUCAAGCAGCUGGAAAAAUACCAAUUGACGUAAAUGCAUUCAAUGUAGAUUUAAUGAGCUUGUCAGGUCACAAAAUAUAUGGUCCCAAAGGUGUUGGUGCAUCCUAUGUUAGACGACGGCCUCGAGUACGUGUUGAACCAUUGAUUAAUGGUGGAGGACAAGAACGGGGAUUGCGUAGUGGUACAAUUGCUUGUCCCUUAGUUAUUGGAAUGGGAGAAGCCUGUCGAAUAGCAAAAGAGGAACUUGAGUAUGAUUAUGCACACGUAAGCCGACUUUCAAAGAGAUUAGUGGAACGUCUAACACAGCUUGAAUAUGUUUUCUUCAAUGGUGAUCAGGAGCAUCGCUAUCCUGGUUGUAUUAAUGCUUCUUUUGCUUAUGUUGAAGGUGAAUCUCUUUUAAUGGCAUUAAAAGAUAUUGCAUUGAGUAGCGGAAGUGCAUGUACUUCAGCGUCUCUUGAGCCUUCAUAUGUAAUUCGUAGUUUGGGAGUACCAGAUGAUAUAUCUCAUUCAUCUUUACGAUUUGGAAUUGGUAGAUUUACUACAGAUAAAGAAAUCGAUUAUAUUUGUGAUACAAUAAAAGAUAAAGUAAAUUUCUUAAGAGAACUAAGUCCACUAUGGGAAAUGGUACAGGAAGGAGUCGAUCUUUCUACAAUUAAGUGGUCUUAUCAUUAA